GUGGCGGACGGAGUGAACAUUUUAAAGGGUCGACGUUUGAGCGAACAUCGAGCGAACAUCGAGCGAUCAUCGGCCGAGCCAUACUUCCUUUUCCCUCGCAACGCUUUACGAAUGACCAGUCACCGCCAUGAAUUUAACAUGUAACUCCACGUUGGAGGAUAUGCGAAUUGGGUCCGAGGAGAAGAUCGGUGGUAAAAUUACUUUUCAUGAGCUUGCUCUUAUUAUCGCCGGCGCCUCUACCAUUGUCGCCUACGUCACUAGCUUUUACUUGAUGUGGCGCCAUGCCACCAACUACACCAAGCCUCGCGAGCAAAGACAUAUUAUCCGUAUCCUUUUCAUGAUCCCCGUUUACGCUACAUCUGCCUUCUUAUGUAUAUGGUAUUACUGGCAUGCCGUCUAUUUCCAGGUUCUCAGCGACUGCUAUGAGGCCUUCGCCAUCGCCUCUUUCUUUGCGCUCAUGUGCCAUUAUGUCGCACCCGACUUGCACGACCAGAAGGAAUUCUUCCGACAUAUGCGCCCUGUCCAACCGUGGGUGUGGCCACUGGAUUGGUUUGCCAAGUGCUGCGGCGGCAAGAAAGGUUGCUGGAGAACACCUGCCAGUGGCUUGACCUGGUUUAACAUAGUUUGGAUCGGAAUCUAUCAUUAUUGCUUCAUUCGAGUUGCUAUGACCAUUACGGCUGUUGUAACCCAAUAUUUCGAACGGUAUUGCGAAAGUAGUAACAGUAUCUUCUUUGCGCACAUCUGGGUCAUUGCCAUCGAGUGUAUAGCAGUCACGAUCGCAAUGUACUGCCUGAUCCAAUUCUACGUACAAUUACGUGAACCACUAUCAGAACACAAACCCUUUCUCAAAGUUCUGGCCAUUAAGCUUGUCAUUUUCUUGUCUUUCUGGCAGACGAUCGCUAUCUCCCUCGGAACUUCUACUCUUCAUAUCGUGAACCCAAAUUCGAUUCUUGCCUAUCCCGACAUAAAAGUUGGCGUGCCCAGUCUGAUGCUUUGUUUUGAGAUGGCAGUGUUUGCUAUUCUACAUCUAUGGGCCUUUCCUUACGCUCCCUAUGUCGAAGGCGCGAAAACUGGCUUCUACCCCAAUCCCGAUCCGUCCUUGGGAGUGCCACCUCGUGAGAAUGAGCAUGGAUCAAACAAGGGUGGCUUCAUGGGCUUGAAAGCCUUCGCAGAUGCUUUAAAUCUCUGGGACAUCGUCAAAGCAUUUGGCCGCGGAAUGCGAUGGUUAUUCGUUGGUGUUAAGCGCCGCCAUCAAGAUCCUAGCUACCGGACCAACCCUGACGUGGUUACCAGCUAUCCGAUGCAGCCAUUCGGCGCAGCCGAACCUGGCACUAAGAGUACAGAUCACCUACCUAUUGCAAGUGAAUUCCGCCGUAGCACAUUUGGAAUUAAGGCUUCCGGUAAUCCGCUACCCGAGGAGAGCGCCGGGCUUAUCAUGCAUGCGCAGACCAAUCCCGGGAGCCCUCAAAGGCGGUUAUCUAACCCAUACUUAGAUCCAACGCAUCCUCCAGUCCAUAACCCGUCUAGGGGCUACACACCCUAUGAUGAACCCGGAGGUGAUAUAGGGAUCGCGAGUACGCGCUACGAUAAUGACCCCCAACCAGUCUACGGCCGUCAAGGUGGAAGCACGGCGGGUUGGAGUGAACCGCAAAAUCCACAACAUGCACAACAUGCACAACAUACGCAGCAUGCUAGACGCAUGGCUGCGCGAACUUCGACGCAAGUCCAUGUCGGUAACGCGCUAUGGGGCGACCGGAGUCCUCGCGACCCCCCGAAUCGAUUUUAACCCCCAUUGAAAGGACUAUCAUGCUUAGAGCCCUUUCUUUGUUUACCUUUGAUGCAUAUUCGGUCUGCGGGGAUGGCCUUGAAAUUUGGCGUACUGGAUGAUUUGAAAAAGGGGAUGUUUUUUUUAUACAAGAAAACCGGCAAGGCGUUCUACUUGGCCCGACUAGGGGCGAUGAGUGUUUUUUUUUUUCCAUGUCACAUAGUGCCAGAGGAACAUUGCAUGUUGAACAAACUAUUUGGCCAACAAAUUCGGAUAGCAGACAUGCCGGUUUGGCUGCUGAGGCAUAAGGCAAAAAGGCAAAGGCAAAAUGCGAGGCAAGGAAAAAAUGCCCCUGCAAGAGAGGCCCUGGAUAGGAGGGGGCCAUAGAUAUAUUAGCAAUGAUACCUUAGCGUUCGUGUUUGUACUAUGAAUGAUACCUCAAUUUUACUUUA